GGGGUCUGGCCCGCCAUGAGCGGGACGGUGCUGCCUGGGACCCCCAUCGCCGUGGACUUCUGGAGCCUGCGGAGGGCGGCCGGUGCCCGCCUCUUCUUCCUGUCCCACAUGCACUCGGACCACACGGUGGGGCUGUCCAGCACCUGGAGCCGCCCGCUGUACUGCUCCCCGCUCACCGCCCGCCUCCUGCACCGCCGCCUGCAGGUGCCGAUGUGCUGGAUCCGGCCGCUGGAGGUGGGGCAGAGCCAUGUCGUGGAUGAGGUGACGGUGACGCUGAUCGACUCCAACCACUGCCCUGGCUCCGUUAUGUUCCUCUUUGAGGGUACCUUUGGCACCAUCCUCUACACAGGAGAUUUCCGCUACACGAGUGCCAUGCAGAGUGAGCCAGCACUGAGGGGCCGCCACAUCGACUGCCUGUACCUGGACAACACCAACUGUCACCCCCAGCGGGCCCUCCCCUCGCGGGCGCUGGCCACCCUCCAGGCUGCCCACCUCAUCCGUGCCCACCCGCAGCACCACGUGGUCAUUGGUGUGUACACCCUGGGCAAGGAGACGCUGCUGAUGGACCUGGCGCUGGAGUUUGGCACGUGGGUGGUAGUGAGCCCGUGGCGCCUGGAGCAGAUGCGGCUGCUGGAGCUGCCGGACGUAUUCACUGCCGAGGAGGGCGCGGGCUGGAUCCGCGCCGUGGAUGUUGCCGAGAUCCGCUGGGACACACUCGUCACCUGGAACACACUUCACCCCACCAUUGCCAUCAUUCCCACCGGCAGGCCCAUGAAGGUCACCCACCCCAACAUUCACCUCAUCCCAUACUCGGAUCACUCGUCCUUUGCAGAGCUGCGCGAGUUUGUGAAGUGGCUGAAACCCUGCUCCAUCGUUCCCAUUGUGAAGGGUGACAUGUGCCAGGUUUACUUUCAGGAAUUCCUGAGCUCUGCUCCCCAGGUACUUCCUGACUUCAAAGUCUCAAAGGCUGUGCAAGAGUCUGGACACUGGCAAAGCCGAAGGAGGAGGCAGAAACACACGAGUCUCUGGAAAAGAGCCCCAUGGCGUUCUGUGCCCCAAGGGGUCAUUUAUGAGUCCCCAGAGAAAAAUACUGAGAAACCUGAAACAUUCACAGAUGUUAAGGUUCUUCAGCACUACUGUGAUCCAGCUCUCCGCUCCAAAGAAGGCUGCACUUGCCACAAGGGUGAGAAGGAAGAGCUGAGUGGGGAGCAGCCGGGAAGAGCAGGGGCAGCAUCUGUUUCCAGUGAGCACCUUGCAACUAGAUUUGCAGAGCAGUAUUUGCUCACUCCCUUAAAUAUCCUAAAGCAGAAUUCCUCACAGACAUUUGAUCAACUAGUAGAAGACUUUUUUAGGAAGGGAGACACACCCUGA